UUGACAAGUAAAUGUGAGAGUUUGCUGAAACUUGAAGUAUCAUGCAUGCAUUUCCCCUGUUUCAUCCUUCCUUCUAGUAUUUCUCUUCAUUUUCGAUUUUUUUUUUUAUAUUCAAAAAAAAUUACUCCUUUUUUCCCACUUAAUUUCAUUUCUCUCUUCAUCUUCCUCCAUUUGUUUCUCUUACUCCUUCAUGUUACUAACCAUCUUCAACCCUAUUUUUUACCCAUAAAUUUUCAUCCUUCAAAUUUAAAUAAAUCCUAUUAUUUAUCUAUUUUUAAAUAUGAAAAAUUAACUGUGGAAAAAGGUUUUGGAUGUUUGAAUGUAUUUUAAAUUUAAAAUAAAGGGAAAUACAUUCAAUGGCUUUGAAAACUUGUAUGAAUAUUGUGUGUGGUACGACGUCGUCUACUGAAUGGAAAACUGGUUGGAGUUUACGAUCUGGUGAAUUGGCUAAUUUGUGUGAUAAGUGCGGUUAUGCUUUCAAGCAAAAUAUUUAUUGCGAUGAAUUCCAUAGAGAGGAUUCUGGCUGGAGAGAGUGUGUUACAUGCACCAAGCGACUCCACUGUGGAUGCAUAGCUUCAUUGUCUUUGAUAGAGUUGCUUGAUUGCGGUGGUGUGAGGUGCAUUGCCUGUGCAAAGAACUCAGGUCAAAGUUUGAACUCAAGUGCUGGGAAAUGUGAUGGAUCCGGACCUUGUAUUUUAACAGAAAAUAACACUGGUGUGAAACAAUCAAACAAAUAUAAGGAAUUUAAUUGGAACAACCAACUACCCAUGAUGCAAAAUCCUAACUCAAAUGUAGCUUUCGGGUUACCGAAACAUGAACCUUUACCCCCUCUUGUUCAAGCUGGAACCACGUGGGUUCCAAAUUUAGCUCAAUCCUCGAUAGAGAUUUUUCAGAAGAGACCGGAUAAUUCUAUGAGUAGCACGCCAGGCAAAGAUUACUUUGUACCAAUUGCUUAUCCGAACUUGAAUAUCACUUUAGGAGUUCCACCAGGAAAUCAUCAAGCUACAUCCAAUACUUAUGCUGAUGAAAAGGACCAGAGAAAAAUUUCAGAUACUUUUCACCAAGGAUUUGUAUCCCCCAACCUUUUUCCAACAUUACCAAAGCUGACUUUUUCUUCCGCUGCUGAGACUAACCCAAGUGCAAUACCUCAACUACGUGUGGCAAGGCAACCUGUUGAGGGACGAGGCCGUCACCAACUGCUUCCUCGUUAUUGGCCAAGGAUUACAGACCAAGAGUUGCAGCAAAUCACUGGAGACUCAAAUUGUACAAUUGUUCCAUUGUUUGAAAAGGUUUUGAGUGCUAGUGAUGCUGGUCGAAUAGGUCGUUUGGUUCUUCCUAAAGCUUGUGCUGAAGCGUAUUUUCCGCCUAUAUCACAACCUGAAGGACUGCCGAUCAAAAUUCAAGAUGUGAAGGGGAAAGAAUGGUUGUUUCAAUUUAGGUUUUGGCCCAACAACAACAGCAGGAUGUAUGUUUUAGAGGGAGUAACUCCUUGUAUACAGUCAAUGCAGUUGCAAGCUGGUGAUACUGUUACAUUUAGUCGUAUGGAUCCUGAAGGGAAACUAGUUAUGGGCUUCCGAAAAGCAUCAAACUCUGCAUCUGUUCAGGAUGCUGCAUCACCUGCCAUCCGUAAUGCCCCUCUUACAAGUGAAUCUUUCUUUUCGGAUGUUAUUGAGAACCUACCUGUAAUAAGUGGUUGCUCUGGCUUUCUUCAGUCAGUGAAAAGGAGCACGGAUAACCAUGUGAAUGCUUUGUCAAGACAACUGGACUCUGCUGGUGGCAUUGUUCGAUGGCAUAAUAGUGACAAAUGUAACGAACGGACUGAGGAAGGAAUGUCACCUACUUCAUUGCUGAUGCUGGAAAGAAAAAAGAGCCGUAAUAUAGGGUCUAAGAGCAAGAGGUUGCUUAUUGAUAACCAAGAUGUUCUGGCACUGAGAUUGACAUGGGAGGAGGUGCAGGGUAUGCUUCGGCCUCCACAAAGUGCAACACCCAGUGUUGUUAUGAUUGAGGAUUAUGAAUUUGAAGAAUAUGAAGAACCUCCAGUUUUUGGGAAGAACAGUAUUUUCACAGGCCAUUCAUCUGGGGUAGUAGAGCAAUGGGUUCAGUGUGACAAUUGCGCUAAAUGGCGAAAAUUGCCAGGUGAUAUUUUGCUUCCUCCAAAGUGGGCAUGUGCAGAUAAUUCUUGGGAUCACAGCAGGUGCUUAUGUUCUGCUCCAGAGGAAUUGGGCCCUCGGGAACUUGAAAAUUUUCGACAGCUAAGCAAGGAUUCUACUACGAAGAGAAGAAUGGUGAUGCCUAAUAGAAUGGCACAGGAACAGGAAUCUUCUGGCCUAAAUGCUCUAGCUACUGUAGCAACUUUAGGAGAUAACACUACUGAUCCAGGCACUUCAUCAGUUGCCACGACCACAAAGCAUCCGAGACAUCGUCCUGGUUGUUCAUGCAUUGUUUGCAUUCAACCACCCAGUGGAAAGGGCAAACACAAAUCAACAUGCACAUGCACUGUCUGCAUGACAGUGAAACGCCGUUUUAAGACCCUUAUGAUGAGAAAAAAGAAACGACAGUCUGAACAAGAAGCUGAAAUUGCCUUGAAAAAUCAACAAAAGCAGAAUCUUGUCAUCAAAGAAAAUGAGAAGUCUGAAGCCGAAAGUAACAACUCUUUAAACCUUCAACUUCGGCAUGAAACUGAAAAUGACUUGCAGGCAGGUGUGGGUCCCUCGCAAAUUAAUGAAGGUGAAGGGCAAACUCCAAUCAGCUUGUUAGCUGAAAGUGGCAAGAGCAUCAACCUAAAUUUCCACCCUGAGCGUGAAGAAGACCUCAGGUUGAAGACUUCUGAAUCGAGUUUAACGAAUCUUCUCCAGCUAGCAAGUCUCCCACUGGAGGCUUAUAUGAAGCAGAAUGGCCUUACGAGCUUGUCAUCUGAGCAGCAAACUCGCUCCACAUCACAGCUAGGAAAAACUUCUGGAGACACUUCAGGGAAUGCGGUUGAUGAUAAUCCUGUUGGUCCAGGCCCGGACCAAGUGAAUCCCAGUACUGGAAGCUGUGAACCAGAAAAUAAACAGUAGAGUGAUCCUGUGUGAGAUUUACAUCUUUUGUUUUGAAGAGUACGUUCUUUCAUAUUGCAUUGGUCUUGCCUUACGGCUUUACAUUAUUUCAGGCUAACUUUUAUAGGGGAGUUUUAGGGACUUAGGAUCUGUUUGGCUUCACAGAAACUCAUCAUUUCUCUUCACUUCACUUCACAUAUAUAUAGUAUGCAGUUUUUGUAUAAGCACAAGGAUGUUUAAUUUCUUGAAUUUUGAGAAUUCACCUGAUUUAUCUACUUGAUGAACUGUUCACCAUUCUAUCAAGCACAACUUUGGCCCCACAACCAUUUCAUUACUCUCCCAUUAAGUGACUCGUGCUCUCUCACCUAAACAUCAUUUGCAAUUUCACAUAAAUAAAAAACAUGCAUGAUUGGAUGAGUCAUUUUACUUGUUGAUUAUAAUCAGAAAUCAAAGAAGUACAAGAAAAAAACUCAGUUACCUCUAGGCAACAGGCUACAUCACACACCACAACAUCCAAUGUCUUACGGAUACAUAAUGGUCUCAAAUUCCAUAUACCAUAAUAUUAUUUAGGUUAUUGUUCUAGCGAUUUGUCUUACAAAUGACAUGAUUAUAAACUUCAACUUGGCUGAGCUUCGAAGCUCUAUGAAACAUCAACACCUUCUUCACCACAUCUUCAUUGACUGGAUUACGAUCGAAACCAAUCAACAUACGGUUCAACACUCGACCAUUAUU